GCUGUUGUUUCAGCCAUGACUCCAGCACUGAGGAACUCAUCAGACCUCAUAGACCACAAACAAACAAUGGGGCCACCAGCAGCUUUCAACCACAUGUGUCCAGUAACAACAACGCAAUUGUGUCACCUUCCUAUUUACAAGCACACAUCAGCAAUGUCUACCAAGCACCAACUUCCACAAACAGACUGACGAGAUCACAAUGGAGAAAUCAGGAACAAGUCAACCAUAAUAGACCAAAACCAUACUUUGAGGCAUACAAAAGGUUUCAACCAUUUGUAACUGGCACCAAUAACACAACUGUAUCAUCUUCUUCUUUACGAGCACAUAACUGGAAUUCCUAUCAUGCACCAACUUCUAGAAACUAUUCUAGAUUGGCAAGUUCACAGCGUAUUGUUAACCGCAGUCACUCAGGUUAUUCUCUAGUCAAGACUGUGGAGUCUACAUUGCACAAAUCUGUCUUACAAUUAACUGUUGAGUGGGACCAUAUGAAUGCCAGCUCAGAAUUUGAGCUGUGUUUGUUGCUUUCUGACACUACUGAAUAUGAAGAAAUACUGAGGUUAUUCAAAAAGACCACACAGAAGCAAUUCAUGGUUGAGAAAAUUUACAGGGUUCAGAAUCCAUACUUGUUGGGAUGUUACUUACUCAAGAAACAAGAAAUGGAAUCAAGAUAUGGUUAUGUUGCUGAGGAGUAUUUAUUUCAUGGUACCAAAGAAGAAAACAAAGAUAAAAUUUGCAGAAAUAAUUUUGACUGGAGGAAUCAUGGCAGGUCAGCAGGCAACACUUUUGGGAAAGGUGUUUCAUUUACACCUAUUUCUUGUUAUGCCAGUCAUUAUUCAGAUAAACAUAACUCUCAGAGAAUCAUGUUUGUAUCAAAGGUUCUAAUUGCACAUGAAACUGUAGGUCACAAGAGUAUGAAAAUACCACCUCUAUUUGCUUAUAGGCAGUGCCUUAGAUAUGACACUACUACUAAAGAAAAUCGCCAUGUUAUUGUAAAAUACUCUGAUAAUGAGUUCUAUCCUGCAUAUAUUGUGUAUUACACAGGACAAUAUGAGAAGAAGGAACAGGGACAAUUAAGACUGUAAUGCAAAACUUGCAA